AUGAAAUCUCCAUCCCCUGAACUGGGAUCACCAGCAUUGAAAGACCAGGCCCAGGCUCAUGCAGCCAUCUUCGAACUCCCGCCUUCCUCGACCGAUCUCAUCGAUACCAUCCCGCAAUCUUGGUCCCGUCUACGAAGAACCAUAACAGUAGUCCAGCUUUGCGGUGUCAAUUUCACCUCGAGCGCCACGAAUGGCCUCAUUGUUAUAGGACUACCGAGAUUGACAGCAGAUCUCAACAUACCUCAAUCACUUGCCUUCUGGCCAUUAUCAGUCCAGGGAUUAUCCACAGCCUCUACGUUGCUUGUGUUAGGCGCCGUGGCUGAUGUUGUGGGGCCGCGAUCACUGAAUCUGGCGGGAUGUAUAGCUAACGGCCUGCUCAUGCUGUCCUGUGGAUUUAUCACGACUGGUCAAGAGCUGAUCAUCUUAAGAGCGCUUCAGGGUAUCAUGGUGGCACUACACCUGUCUACCUCUGUGGCUCUUGUUGGCAAAGCUCACCCUAGUGGCAGGAGCCGCAAUGUAUCCUUUGCUUGCUUGGGAGUUAGCCAACUAAUCGGGUUCUCGUUCGGACUUGUGGUAAGCGGUGCGCUCAUGGAUACCCUCGGGUGGUGUUCGGGGUGGUACCUCUAUGGCGGUAUUACCCUACUCCUUUUCCCUGUCGGCAUAUGGUCACUGCCAAGGUCCACAUCGCUUGGAGGCUUCCGGAACACAAUCAUCAAUCUGAGAUGUAAGAUUGACUGGCUCGGAGCCUUGCUCGCCUCUGCUUUCAUGGCGUCCCUGUCCUAUUUCUUUGCAGCUAUCAGCAUCGAUGUUCACCACCUCACAAAACCGGGUAACAUUAUCCUUCUAUGCUCCAGCUUGGUGACUUUGCCUCUGUUCUUUGGAUGGAUGCAUUAUCAGGCAAAACGAAGCAGACCGGUUUUGAUCCCAAAUGCCGUGUGGAGUAACUUCGCAUUUACUACCGGGUGCAUCAAUAUAGCUCUGGCAUUUGCAGUACUCAAUUCUCUGGAUCUUCUCACCAGUCUCUUCUUUCAAAAGAUCCAACACCUGUCAGCUAUUGAGGCCGCCACCCGGAUCCUUCCAAGUAUUGCUGUUGGGAUAAUUUUGAAUGUGAUAACCGGUCAUAUCGUGCAUAUCAUACCUGCUGUCUGGCUUGUGACCAGCGCAUCUCUGCUCUCAUCUGGCUCACCGUUAAUAAUGGCACUGACCCAACCUAUGUCUUCUUAUUGGCUUGGGCCUUUCUUUGCGCAGCUCCUUCUGCCCUUUUCUAUCGAUGUUCUUUUCACCGUCGGGCUUCUCAUUAUUAGCGAGGGUUUUCCUGAAGACAGACAAUCUUUUGCUGGUGCCCUUUUCAACACAGCUGCGCAGCUCGGGAAUGCUUUGGGUUUGGCCAUUGUGCAGGUCGUCUCAGCUGCGGUAACAAAGCGGACGGCGGCGCCAGAUUCCACGGACGCCAUUCUGGAAGGGUACCGCGCGUGCUUUUGGUUUGACUUCGCCCUAAUGCUUAUUUGUGUAAUGGUUGGUGGAUUUGGAAUGCGGAGAGCCGGGAAAAUAGGGCUGAAGCAUGUUAACCUGAUUUCGCGUUCUGGCGGUACUAUACUCGUGGUCUAG